UUCUCAACUCCAUCACAACUCACCACACACACCUCUCAUUCCAUCAACAUCUCCACCAUGUCUGUGCCUGCGACCACCGUAACGCCGCCGUUGGUCGAUGAGUUGGACAUUGUUAUUCCUACUAUUAGGAACCUUGAUUUUUUGGAGCAAUGGAGGGCCUUUUUUCAGCCUUACCAUUUGAUCAUUGUUCAAGAUGGUGAUCCAACUAAAACUAUUAGAGUGCCCGAGGGAUUCGAUUAUGAGCUAUAUAAUCGUAAUGAUAUUAAUCGGAUCUUGGGCCCGAAAGCUAGCUGCAUUUCGUUUAAGGAUUCCGCUUGCCGUUGCUUCGGUUUUCUUGUUUCUAAGAAGAAGUAUAUCUUCACCAUUGAUGAUGAUUGCUUUGUGGCUAAGGAUCCAUCAGGACAAGAGAUCAACGCAUUGGCUCAACACAUUCACAACCUGCUAACACCUUCAACACCUUUCUUCUUCAACACAUUGUAUGAUCCAUACAGGGAAGGUGCCGAUUUCGUGAGGGGCUACCCCUUCAGCCUAAGGGAAGGUGUCACCACCGCCAUCUCGCACGGCCUCUGGCUCAACAUCCCUGACUAUGAUGCCCCUACUCAGCUCGUCAAACCCCUCGAGCGUAACUCCAGGUAUGUGGAUGCGGUUUUGACCAUCCCAAAGGGAACUUUGUUCCCAAUGUGUGGAAUGAACCUUGGGUUCCACAGGGAAUUGAUUGGGCCAGCCAUGUACUUUGGGCUCAUGGGUGAUGGUCAGCCCAUUGGCCGCUACGACGACAUGUGGGCCGGAUGGUGUGCUAAGGUGAUAUGUGACCAUUUGGGCCUAGGAGUGAAAACAGGGCUGCCAUACAUUUGGCAUAGCAAAGCUAGCAACCCAUUUGUUAACUUGAAGAAAGAGUACAAGGGUAUCUAUUGGCAAGAAGAUAUCAUCCCAUUUUUCCAAAAUGUUGUUCUACCUAAAGAAUGCACCACCCCACAAAAAUGUUAUGUCGAACUCUCGAAGCUCGUGAAGGAGAAGCUUAGCCCGAUUGACCCGUAUUUUGAGAAGCUUGCGGGUGAGAUGGUUAUAUGGAUCGAUGCGUGGAACGAGCUCAACCCGGAUGGAACCGAUGCGGCUUCGGUCAAGAAAGCAGAAGUUGUAGCACCCAAGAAGAAGUGAAGUUAUGCGAAUUUAUUCGGUUUUGGCAUGCUUAUAUAAUUCGUUACAUUUGGUUUUGUUAUAAGUUGAUGUAUUUUUAUUUUUUAGUGUUGGAAUAAUGUUUCUUUAGAAACUGUUUGGUCUACAGGCAUUUGUUAAGGUAUUAAGGAGUUGUAACUUGUAUUUUUCUUUGGAAUUUUCUUAUAAUUCAAUAUAUUUUUAGUAUUUUAAUGAUGA